AACUUUCCGUCACCAACGCGCGUCCACAUACCCCACUCCUUCCGGCACUACUGUAGGUCCCACGGAUGUUCCUACAGUGUCUCUCGUUGCACGUCGGCCAGAUCCAGCGUCCAGUGGACAGAGCAAGGGUUAUUCGACACCAAAUCCUACUGCAGCUCCAUCAAAUCCUCCACAGCAUAACUCUUCGCCGCCUCCGCCUCCUGCGAUACCGUCGCGACCACCUAUUUCACAUUACCGAACAGCACCAGCUAGCAUAUCUGCACCACCACCACCUCUUCAUGUACCUUCACCUCCUACAAUACCCUCUCGAUCUCCAAUUACACAUUACCCGACUGCACCUACUUCGGCACAUCCUAGUAAUAGUAUGCCUCAACUUGCUUCGCCACCAACGUCAUCCGUGAACACCAGUUUCCCGAAUCCUUCGCCGCCUCAUUCAUCACCGUCAACAAUAACUCGGUUCCCACAGUCCCCGCCGGAGACUCACAGACACCUUCCCCACCUUCCCCCCACUCCUCUACCAACAGCGGGUUCUUUUCAAGGCACUUCGACUCUGCCACCUCCUGCAACGGUUUCAGAUACCAGGAAUAGAUCCUUAUUGACUGACGUGGGGAAAAUUGCCGGAACAGCCGCACUGAAAUAUGCUGGUAUGGUGAUGCCUUCGGAUGGUCUCAACAUUGGAGAUGCACUUGGAGCAUUUGAUAUUUCGCAGCUACAGGGUGUUCUGCAGGGUCAAUCAGGAGCCGACUACCAAUCCAUCAUUGAUGCUAUCACUCAACAGGUCCCUCAGCAGGCGCCUGGCGUCGAUUAUCAGUCCAUCAUUAACGAACUUACGAACCUCCAAAAUCAAAGCUAUCAGCCCGCGGCGGUACCCGCUGUUGACUAUCAAGCACAGCUACAGGCCAUUACCCAACAGGCUCAAACGAACUACCAAGAUGCAAUGAACGCGAAUAUGCAGCAACUGCAGGAGAUGAGUAUGUCUCAGCAGCAGCAGGCGUAUAAUCCUAUGCAAGACAUCAUGCAGAUGCAGCAACAACAGCAGCAAUCGACGAUGCAAAUGACGCAGGCGCUACAACAACAGCAACAACAGCCACAGCAGAUGGCCAGCGCCAUGCAGCAACAGCAACAGCAGCAGCAACAACAACAGAAUCCGUUCUCGUUUUCUAAUUCAGGGGGUCCCUCACAGCAGUCAGCCUCCCCUUCACAUCACAGCGCACAUCCAUACGCCGGUCAAUACACACCUCAUCAUAAUGUCCCUGUAAGCCCGCCGGGGCAUUCAUACCAUCAUAGCAACAGCUAUGGCAAUCACUCACAGACGGCGGUUCACCCUCAUUCGCAUGCACAUGUAGGCCAUCAUUCUGGCCAUCAUUUUUAAGCUCCGUAUCUGGUUUUCCACCCUUUUCUUUUCACUUCGUGUACCACGAUGUAUAUUGUAGAUACUACGUGCUCGAUAAAAUGUUGUCGACGGCCGGUCCCGCCAUUUCCGCUGUUUCGCCACGACGUGACGUGGCACGUGAUCACGUCACCUAAUUAAUAAGGUUGCUGUGAC